AUAAUCUGAUUCAAUUGUUCUUCCAGCCUAUAGUAUUUUCGCAUUGUUUCCCGUCUAAAGCAACUCCUUUCUUGGGUCUCGGGCCCUUUCUUGCAUUCCCCACAUACGCCAUCGGCUUCAUAUAUCUACCCUCCCCUCCCAACUCUGCUUCUCCCCUCCUCGGGCCGUCCUCUGAAUCAUAUUGCACAACACCGUCGCAAUUCCAUCAUGGCGACCAAAAAGCCCAACAUCCUCUACAUCAUGGCGGACCAGAUGGCCGCGCCAUUGCUGUCUCUGCACGACAAGAACUCGCCCAUCAAGACUCCUAAUUUGGACCGCUUGGCGAGUGAGGGUGUGGUCUUCGACUCGGCCUACUGUAACUCCCCUCUAUGUGCGCCCUCGCGCUUCGUCAUGGUGAGCGGUCAGCUGCCUUCAAAGAUCGGCGCGUACGAUAACGCUGCGGAUCUGCCCGCCGACACGCCCACUUACGCCCAUUACCUUCGUCGCGAGGGUUACCACACGGCUUUGGCGGGUAAGAUGCACUUUUGCGGCCCGGAUCAAUUGCAUGGCUAUGAACAGCGCUUGACGAGCGACAUAUAUCCCGGUGACUACGGCUGGUCGGUCAACUGGGACGAGCCGGAAAUCCGCCAGGAUUACUAUCACAACAUGUCAUCCGUCAUGGAAGCCGGCCCCGUCGUGCGCACCAACCAGCUUGACUUUGACGAGGAGGUCAUCUACAAAUCCCAGCAGUAUCUGUACGACCACGUGCGCCACCGCACCGACCAACCGUUCUGCUUGACCGUCUCUAUGACGCACCCCCACGACCCGUAUGCCAUGACCAAGGAGUUCUGGGAUCUGUACGAGAAUGUGGAAAUUCCACUGCCCAAGAAUGGCGCCAUCCCCCACGACCAGCAGGAUGCUCAUUCCCAGCGCGUGCUCAAGUGUAUCGACCUGUUCGGCAAGGAGAUGCCCGAUGAGCGCAUUCGCGCCGCCCGUCGCGCAUACUAUGCGGCCUGCACAUACGUUGACACCAACAUCGGCAAGCUUCUCAAGGUGCUCAAGGAUACCGGGUUGGACGAAGAUACCAUCAUUGUCUUCACGGGUGACCACGGUGACAUGCUCGGCGAGCGUGGAUUGUGGUACAAGAUGACCUGGUUUGAGAACUCGGCUCGCGUACCGAUGCUCUUCCACGCCCCAAAGAGAUUCGCUGCCAAGCGCGUGUCGGAGAAUGUCUCCACUAUGGACUUGUUGCCCACAUUCGCGGGUCUGGUCGGUGCGCCCCUCGUGCCGGGACUCCCGCUCGACGGUGUCUCCCUCGUGCCGUACUUGACCGGUGAAGACGGUCCUCGCACCGACACCGUGUACGGCGAGUACAUGGGUGAAGGCACCCAGGCCCCCUUGGUUAUGAUCCGCCGUGGUCGCUGGAAGUUCAUCUAUUCGACUAUCGACUCGCCCAUGCUGUUCGACCUGGUCAAUGAUCCAGAGGAGAAGAUCAACCUGGUCGCGGGUCUGCCUAUCCCAUCAGCGAUUAAACAUGCAGUCCCCAUCAAACCCGCCUCCGUCAACCCUCUAGACGUGCCGGCCAGUCUGCCCACUCCCUACGAUACUCCCCGCGUCUCGCCCAUCCCGCAACGCGCCUCCGAUGCCUCGGUCCAACAAUACCCCUUCCCAUCGCCUACACCCCCUCGCACUCCCAGCCCUGCCAAAUUCCCCGCGCUACCCGAUACCACGGAGCCGACCAAGCUGCUGGCCUAUUUCCUCGAGGAAACCCACAGUCGCUGGGAUCUGGAGGCUAUCCGACAGGAUGUUAUCCGGUCGCAGCGCCGCCGACGUCUGGUGUACUCUGCGUUGAUUCAGGGUACCCCCACCUUCUGGGAUCAUGAGCCCCGCGUGGAUCCUAGCAAGCAGUACGUGCGUAACCAGGGCAAGGGGGUGCUCGACGAUGUCGAGUUGAUCUCGCGUUGGCCGCGCGUGUUGCAGCAGGCUGCAACUGCGAAGGGUAUCUCUGCGUAAAGUGGAAGAUGCAUGGAGCAGCCGAGGUUGAGUCCAAUAGCGGGGCAUUCUGGCCGUGCCCGCGGUAGACGGAUGGCUCCGUGCGCAGUUUGAUCUGAUCUAAUCUGAUAUGAUCUUCAAAAAAAGACUGUACAAAAGAAAAGAUUCUCCCCCCUCCCAAAAUGUUUCUCUAUUUUCGCAUUGAUGACUUGAUUUUGACAUGACCAUUCAUUGCAUUUCGAGCAUUCCGCAUGGCCUCCUUCUUUUUGUUUGUUAUCGCUUCUGGGCAUAUCUCGUUUCUUUUUCUCUUCACAUCAUCUCAUCAGCGAGGCGCUAUACCCGGGAAUUACGAUUUCCUCUUUUAUGUUCAUAUUUGUUCAAUUGACCACGCAAUUUUGUAUCUCCAGGUUGAAAAUUUCGGGCUUUGCAAAUUCGUGGCAUACAUCUCAUAUCUUUUGUAUAUUUCAUUCCUUG